CGAGAGAACCGCUCCCGCCACAUAAUGGCCGCCUCUUUACUGAAGCCGGCGGACCGGAGACCCGAGGGGAGAGAGAGGGACAGACAGGUGCCGAGCAGGGGAAUGCUCUUCACUGUCUUUGCAGCAGGUAUUGGAGGAACAUUACAAUACGGGUUGAAUCUCACGACUGUCAACGCAGCAACUGUUUCUGUUCAAAACUUUAUCAACGAGACCUGGACUGAACGCUAUGGAACGCAAGUGGAAAGCAAUUUCAUUGCAAUAAUCUGGAGUUUUAUUGUGACUGCUCACUUUGUGGGCGGAUUGAUGGGGUCACUUAUUGCUGGACCCAUGGCCAUCAAAUAUGGAAGGAGAAAUUCUCUGCUCCUGAGUAACAUUUUCAUACUUGUCGCCGCCCUAUUGAUGGGACUAAGCAAAAUAGCUAAAUCAUUUGAAAUGAUCAUAGUCGGGAGAAUCUUUUCUGGAAUCAAUUCAGGUGUGGCAUUGAACAUUCAUCCCAUGUAUCUCGGUGAAAGUGCAACAAAGCAGUUCCGUGGCUCAGUUACUCUGUCUUUCGCGCCAUUCACUGCAGCUGGACUCAUCCUGGGACAGACUGUUGGACUCAGAGAGGUUUUGGGGAGUGAUGAGCGGUGGCCGUUGCUGUUGUCCUCCUGCGCAGCCCCGGCUCUGCUCCAGCUGAUGAUCUUGCCGUGGUUUCCAGAGAGCCCCAGAUACCUGCUGAUCGACAAGGGGGACAAGUACCUGUGUUUGGAGGCGAUGAGGAGAUUUCAUGGAAACAUUGACCUCACCGAUGAGAUGGAGGAGAUGUUGGAGGAGAAGAGGGCAUCCGAAGGUCAGAAGUCGAAGAAUCUAUGGGAACUGUUCAGAGACGCCUCGGUCCGAAGGCAGCUGAUCAUCGUCUUUGUGUUGAGCAGUGCCAUUGAGUUAUGUGGGAAUGAUGCAAUGUAUUUCUACACUACCUACGUGCUUCGUGCUGCAGGAAUUCCUGAAAAGAAGAUCCAAUAUGCUGCGAUUGGUACUGGGAUCUGUGAGUUCAUGACUUCACUGAGCAGUAAGGAAUUGUUAUCCCAGCAGAGGCCUCGCUGGUCACCGAACCCCGAUAAAAGAAAGGAAUUGUGGAGCACCAGUGUUGAAAUCGCCUCACCUCACAGCAACCCAGAAGAUGCCCUGACCUUGAACAAGUUCAGCUGGAUGCCCUAUGUGAGCAUGAUCUGCCUCUUUGCCUCCAUCUUAAGCUUUGGAAUUGGACCAGCUGGAGUUACAUUUCUCUUACCCACGGAGAUUUUUGACCAGAAUUCACGGCCUGUAGCCUACAUGCUCAAUGGUUCCCUGCUUUGGAUCAACCUCCUUCUUGUCGGCAUGAUUUUCCCACUGUUUGUCAGUGGACUGGGGCCGUUCUGCUGCGUGCCGUUCAUUUGCGUCAGCUUCCUCUCCGUUUUGUUCAUUGGAUUCUUUGUGCCGGAAACCAAGGGCAAGACGUUGAUGGAAAUUUCCCAGGAGUUUCAGAAGCGAAACUUCAAGGAAGUCGGUCAGAACAUGUUGCGAGAACAAGUGAAAGAAUUAUAAAAUCACUCCUGUUGUCAUUGUUAGGGCAUAGUAUUCUAAUAUAAUACAAUACAAAAUUACAUUUGUAUAGUGCCUUUCAAGUCAGGAGGACGUUAUAUUGCACUAUAUUGCAAAGGCUUUAUAAUACAUUUUGUGCAUAGAGCUGCCAACUAGCAGCAGCCUGAUGUCAGCUCACCCAGCUUUCUUGGGUAACCUACAAGUUUAAUUGAGUUAAAGUCUGGUGACAGAGUUUGGGUUCAGUUCCUGCCCAGUCGCUGAAGAGCAGUUUGCGGGUUUACCCUAAACUUUGACAACAGAUACUUUUUCUGUGGCAUUAGGUUUCCAUGCAUGCAAUCGGUGUUGGGUAGUUAGCUGAUAUUCUCGUGAUUUUUCUGCCCUGUCUUAUGGUAAUGGCAAAUCUAGCAACAGGACAUCAACUCCAUAUACAAGCGAGUGUCCUGUCCUACAUCUACCCACUGCUAAUCAUCUGUCCACUCAAUCCGCAGAGCGGUUGAGAUUGUGAAAUGUUUGCAAAUCUUAAGCCAAAAUAUUUAACAUUAUGUAUGUACUCUUAACUAGCCAUGAAGCUUUUUCCUGAAGCUGCUCUAUAUAUAGAUCUAUAUUUUGCACAAAUUCUAUGAAAGUGGUUGUGUACCACCUCUGUAUUUAUGCUGCUUGGCUACAAAUUAUCUUUAAGUUAAUGACUGAAGAACUUCUGAGUAUUUUUCCAAACUGAGGUAAGACAAUGUUGGGGAGAGAGAGAAAGGUUGGGGCAGGGAGGAAAGAGACACCACAGUAUUUGAUAUUACAGUGAUUGUUUAACUAUGAAGGAAAAAAUCUUCGGUUUGUGCUGUGCAUUGUAUUUUCCUUGAUGACCAGAUAUCGACACUGACUCUCUUGUCCAGAAUGUGGCUGGUCCUGUUCAAUGUGAUUGCCCAGUUUUACUGUAAAUUGGUUGGAAUUUUUUUUUAUACAGUGAUUGGACUUAAACUGGGAGACAUCCAGCUUGGAGUAAGUAAGAUUGCUUUGUGUGCUUUGAUGUGGGAAGUGGUCACAUCUGCUGUUCUGCACUGGUGUCAGGUUGGGCGGAGGGCAUUGACCUCAUGGUUGCACUGAAAUAGAUGGACGGAUGAAUGAGUUGAAUGAACCAGCAACGAUGGUUGAAAUGGAGUGAUGGCAGGAGUGAGACAAAGUCAUCUCCAUAGUGGAUGAAAGGUAGGAUCUGCAUCACAGCUCAGGAAGGAAGGAAAGUGGCACUUUAAAAAAAAGAGCAGGUACUGGCAAGAGCAGUAAUAAGGUACGGAAAACGCAUUGUGUGAUAAUCAGCAAAAUGUUUGAAACUAAUCUGUUGUCUGGGUGAGUAAGUGAUUCUCUUCACAGAUAUUACAGAGUUAGAGGACGAUUUACAGUAUGCCCUGUGGGAGGGCAAGGUAUAGAUUUGUAUAAUCUUGCUUAUUUAUUAAAAUAAAUUAAAUGAAGUAGACCAAAGAUGAGCAAUGGACCUCGACAGUAUCCCGUGUAUUUCCUCCAAAAUCAUUGAAUACCGUAGAAGAAAGAAGCCAUCAAUGCGUGUCCUCGAUCCCUCCACACCUCAGCAUCUUGUUAAAGAAUCAGUGAAAAAACGUUAGAUCGGUUGGAAUGCAAGAAUGUGUGUCCAAGUCAAUGAGCUGGUGUUGAUGUGUUGAAUAUCGUUGUGUUUGCACCUUGAAGGUUUUCAGUAAUCUCUGAAGUUGCUGAAGAUUGAAUUCUCAGGUUUCUAAAAAGAACUUGUUGUAUUAUCACAUUCUGAGAGCAUACACGUAUUAUCAAAGACUACCACAAAUAUACAGUCAAUUCACUUUACAGUGUGUUCUGUGAAGCGCUUU